AGCCGGCUCGGGAAUGAAGCAUCGAAGGUAGAUUGGAGUUCUAGGCUAAUAGGCCCAAACAGGCGGGUAUUCUUCAACUGCCCGGAGCAUGUGGUCGUGAGGCAGAAGCCACAGGAACUACGGGAAGAGGACUCUCAGAGCCAUGGCCCAUGUCAGCAUCAACAGUGACCAGGGCGAGUGGGGCUUGAGCACAGAUGCCGGGGAGCGAGCCCGGCUGCUACAGAGUCCCUGUGUGGACACAGCUCCCAAGAAUGAGUGGGAGGCCUCUCCUGUGAGUCCAGGCAGAGGCACCACUUCCACGCUUGGGGCCAUCUUCAUUGUCGUCAACGCCUGCCUUGGCGCAGGGCUGCUCAACUUCCCAGCAGCCUUCAGCACUGCUGGGGGUGUGGCAGCCGGCAUCACUCUACAGAUGGGCAUGCUGAUUUUCAUCAUCAGUGGCCUUGUCAUCCUGGCCUACUGCUCCCAGGCCAGCAACGAGAGGACCUAUCAGGAGGUGGUGUGGGCUGUGUGUGGCAAGCUGACGGGUGUGCUGUGUGAGGUGGUCAUCGCCGUCUAUACCUUUGGCACCUGCAUCGCCUUCCUCAUCAUCAUCGGGGACCAGCAGGACAAGAUUAUAGCUGUGAUGGCAAAGGAGCCUGAGGGGGCCAGUGGCGGCCCCUGGUACACAGACCGCAAGUUCACCAUCAGCCUCACUGCCUUUCUCUUCAUCCUGCCCCUCUCCAUCCCCAGGGAGAUCGGCUUCCAGAAAUAUGCCAGCUUCCUGAGCGUCGUGGGUACUUGGUACGUCACUGCCAUUGUUAUCAUCAAGUACUUCUGGCCAGAUAAAGAAAUGACCCCAGGAAACAUCCUGACCAGGCCGACUUCCUGGAUGGCCGUGUUCAACGCCACGCCCACCAUCUGCUUCGGAUUUCAGUGCCACGUGAGCAGUGUACCCGUCUUCAACAGCAUGCGGCAGCCUGAGGUGAAGACCUGGGGUGGGGUGGUGACGGCCGCCAUGGUCAUAGCUCUUGCUGUCUACAUGGGUACAGGCAUCUGUGGCUUCCUGACCUUUGGAGCUGCUGUGGACCCCGAUGUGCUCCUGUCUUACCCCUCGGAGGACAUGGCUGUGGCUGUUGCCCGAGCCUUCAUCAUCCUGAGUGUGCUCACCUCCUACCCCAUCCUGCACUUCUGUGGGCGGGCGGUGGUGGAAGGCCUGUGGCUGCGCUACCAGGGGAUGCCGGUGGAGGAGGACGUGGGGCGGGAGCGGCGCCGGCGCGUGCUGCAGACGCUGGUCUGGUUCCUGCUCACCCUGCUGCUGGCACUCUUCAUCCCUGAUAUCGGCAAGGUGAUCUCAGUCAUCGGAGGCCUGGCCGCCUGCUUCAUCUUCGUCUUCCCAGGGCUGUGCCUCAUUCAAGCUAAACUCUCUGAGAUGGAGGAAGUCAAACCAGCCAGCUGGUGGGUGCUGGUCAGCUACGGAGUCCUCUUGGUCACCCUGGGAGCCUUCAUCUUCGGGCAGACCACAGCUAAUGCCAUCUUUGUGGAGCUCUUGGCAUAACCGCUGCCUCCCAGGAACACGUGGCCUUUGCGGUGGGACCCAGAAACCCAGAGUCUCUGUAGGGCCACUCUGUGUCCACCAUCAUUUCAACUGGUAGCAUGAAAUCUGGACAUCCUUUCCCAGGGACUCAGACAAAAUCAGGCCCCAUACCUCUGGACAGCUCUAACCCAGUUCCCUUCCUGCUCCCCAGUCCUGGCAGUGCCGUGGCAGUGGCAGGAGGUCUUAUGUCACAGAGGAACCUUCUUCCUCUCCUAAUUCGCCACUUCUCCAUGCCUGAAACCUAUGGUCGAAGAGGGUCAGUAGGCCUCAGAAGAAAGAACCCAGUCUGACUUCCAUCUGGAGAAAGACUGGACAAAAGGCCACCGUCCUCCAGAGCAGCCUGUCCUGAGCAGAGGCUGUGUUCAUUACCUCAGGACCAACGGUGGCUUCCUCUGGAAUCUGGCAACUUCAAGGUGGCAUUGAAGUCGUACAAAUACAAGGGCAGGUAGAUUCGGGCCUUGUCUGUUCUCUCCUGGGCCCCCAUGAGCUUGGUAGCCUCUUUCCCGUGGCUAAUAAGCAUUUCCCAGGCCUCUAGGGGCCCACUCUGUUACUUUCUCCAAACUUUAUGGUCCAGGCGAGGCAAGCCUCUUCUCCUCCAUCACCGGACAUCACCAAGUCUAAUGUUUACAAACGGUGCCAGCCUGGCUCUGAAGCCAGGGCGUCCCGUGCCACGGUGCUGUGAGUAUUCCUCCAUUAGCUUUCCUCAUGGGGCUGGAACUGGGGUGGAGGAAUCUGCAUUUCUCUCUCAGAUUCCAGAUGGUGCCUCUACUCAGAGGCUCCAGGGUGGGUGAUGGAGAAAGCUGGGAACUUUUGAGAGCUUCCAUGCAGGCUGGGCUGGCCAUUUUCAGUUAUUGCUUCUCUUCACCCUGCCCCUCCUCUCCCCCCCAAACACACCCUCCGCCAGCCUUAGCCUAAUAACCCAGGGAGGAAAAAGCAGCUGGCUUGUCACUGCCUCCCGGGCAACAUUUGAGCCUGUCAUGCUGGCCUGGAAGUUUCCCUCCCUGUCUGGAUUUUGUCUGCUCCCUCCCUCCACACACCUGUCACCUGUUCAUUCUCUAUCCCGUUUCUCUGUGUAGCUCAGUCUCUCCCACUCACAUAAUGUGAGGCAAGUGCAGAUCCUCUCUCACAGCUUCCUCAGCAACACAUGUCCCUCCGGCACAGCCUUGUGGCCUGUCAGUCACAUCAGAGUGACACCUGGAUGUUACCCAGGCAGGGUGAGGAGAGACGCCGUCUUCCCUUCAUGUUCCCAUUUUGACCGCCCUGGGCCCACAGCUGCUGCCGCUCACCUUGGCCAAUUCCAGGCACCAAUCAGGCUUCCUCCUCUACCCGGAACCCUGACAUUUCCUUGACCCUUCCUGCCCAAAACCUCCGUAUUGGGUAUGCGUGGAACCCCAUGCCCAGCAGCCCACCACUCAGGGCAGUACGAUCUAAGAAGCCGAGGCUGGUCGGAGCCUGGCUAGACUUCUGCUCAGUCCCCAGACUGGAUGCACUGCCUUUUCUCACAUCCCCUCUUGGUGCCUGCUGUUCUCUGCCCCCGAGGCCAGCCCCACUCUGCUUUUUCCUCAGCCUCCUACACAGGACCAGGCCUGCCAGCCAUCCCUGACAAGGCAGGAGAGCAGCCCAGUCAGCAGGGCUGCACAGCCUCCCAGUGCUGCUUCAGGGGUGGUAGGGCGUAAGGGGAGUCUGCACAGAGGCAGAGCAGUCGGGAAAAGGAGCUGGAACCUGGCCUCUUGGCCUAACCUCAGGAGCCCCCUUCCCAUUCUCUUCCCCACCCUCCCUAUCAGGGUAUUUCACUGUUUCUUUUCUACUUGUGCACACUUGGAAAAGGGAAGAUGGUUAAUAAAAGGAGCUGUGCUGCUGA